AUGAUUAAAAAAGGCAUUCAAACUAAAAGUACCACCAGUAUAAACAACAAACAUAUUACUAAGUAUAAACAAGCUAUAUUUACUAAUUCAUUACAGAUAAAGCUUAAAUCUAAAGGAUUGGCUGUCAAAGAAGACACACAUGAUCUAGUGCACUGGCAACAUUGUAAAACUUGUGGGUUAGUUUACAAUGUGGAUGAUCCAUUAGACUAUUUGAAACACAGAGAAUACCACGAUAUACAAGUAAAUGGUUUAAAGUGGCCUAAUAAAUGUAUAUCCAAAAAAAUAACAAUGACCAUAAAUGAUCUUCAUAAACACACACCUAAGUUUAAUAGAGAAAAUGAUAUUUUAAAUCUUUUGUUAUCCAAAAAAAAACAAACCGAAAUAUCUACUAACAAAGAAUCUAAAGCUUGGAGUAGUACUCAUGAAUUACCCAUUCAUAAAAGAUUAGGAGCUGGGGUAUUGUGCAAUGAAAAAGAAUUUAUAAUUGAAAUAAACCCAAAACGUCAGAAUGAAGUUAACUUGGCGCUACAAGUUAUGAAAAUAGUUAACGAAGAAUUGAAUGCUCCACAAGAUGAAAACAACUUUUGGGCAACGCUAAAUUCGAGGAACGAGUCUACAGGGAAAUGUUUUAUAUAUAUAAGAGAUAACCAUGCCAUUGGUGUAAUUACAAUUGAAGACCUGACUCGAGUUGAGCAUAAAAUGAAAUGGAUGAUUUACUCAAAUAAACAGAUUAUAGAACAUGUUAAUCCGACAUUUAAGUGUGGGGUAUCGAGAAUCUGGGUUUGUCAAAAGUAUCGACGGUUCGGUAUAGCAUCCAGUUUAUUAAACACAGCAUUGACUAAUACUUUGUCCGAUGGUAAAGCCCCAGUAAAUAAGUAUCAAUUAGCAUGGAGCCAGCCAAGUGAAAGUGGUGCUAAACUGGCAAAGUCUUUCAAUUCUUUGGUUCAUAAAAAAAGCGGUGAAUUAUUAAUUCCGAUAUACAUUUGA